CAUCUUGCGUCGGCGGGCGCGGCGGCGCUGCGCCAUGUCCUCGUUCUCGGAGUCGGCGCUGGAGAAGAAGCUCUCGGAGCUGAGCAACUCGCAGCAGAGCGUGCAGACCCUCUCGCUGUGGCUCAUCCACCACCGCAAGCACGCGGGGCCCAUCGUGGCCGUGUGGCACCGCGAGCUCCGCAAAGCGAAGUCGAGCAGGAAGCUGACCUUCCUCUACCUGGCGAACGAUGUCAUCCAGAACAGCAAGAGGAAAGGGCCCGAGUUUACGAGGGAGUUUGAGUCUGUCCUCGUGGAUGCCUUUUCCCACGUCGCCAGAGAAGCAGAUGAGGGCUGCAAAAAGCCCUUGGARCGAUUGCUUAACAUCUGGCAAGAAAGGAGCGUGUAUGGCAGUGAGUUCAUCCAACAGUUAAAACUUUCGAUGGAAGACUCCAAUAGUCCCCAAACUAAAGUUGCAGAGGAGAAGAAGUCUUUAAAGCGGACUUUUCAGCAGAUACAGGAGGAGGAAGAUGAUGAUUACCCUGGGAGCUACUCACCCCAAGACCCUAGUGCUGGGCCGCUUCUGACUGAGGAUUUGAUCAAAGCCCUGCAGGACCUGGAGAACGCAGCCUCGGGAGACGCCACGGUGCGGCAGAAGAUCGCCUCCUUGCCCCAGGAAGUGCAAGAUGUUUCCUUACUGGAGAAAAUCACAGACAAGGAGGCAGCGGAGCGGCUCUCGAAGACGGUGGACGAGGCGUGCCUGCUGCUGGCGGAGUACAACGGGCGGCUGGCCGCCGAGCUGGAGGACCGGCGGCAGCUCGCGCGCAUGCUCAUCGAGUACACGCAGAAUCAGAAGGACGUGCUCAGCGAGAAGGAGAAGAAGCUGGAAGAGUAUAAACAGAAGCUUGCUCGGGUAACCCAGGUCCGCAAGGAGCUGAAAUCCCACAUCCAGAGCCUUCCCGACCUGUCGCUGCUGCCCAAUGUCACGGGAGGUCUGGCACCUCUGCCCUCGGCCGGGGACCUCUUCUCCACAGACUAGAGCGAAAGGCGGCCCCGGUUCCCGCUCUUACCAGCAGAACAGAGGACUCUGGUGCUGACUGGACCCCCGGGCCCCYGAGGUCGACUGUAGGAGGAACUCGCAGAGCUGCUUCCAGCCUCCCGGCUGCCGUGCUCACCCGCUCCCUGGGCGCCUUGGCUCUCGCCGAGGGCACGAUAAGGAGGGCGUCUUUGCGAGCUCUGAAGGGAGUGGGGAUAGUCCAGACGGACAAAACCCCUCACAUUUUUCCCAUGCCUUUUAGUUUCUGUUUGCUCUUAGCACUUGUUACCCCCACAAAAGUCAUGAGAAUCAUGUACAUAUAGACCUGGAACGUUUGCAAAGAAAGAUUGACCAUAUAACACAUUUUUUUUUCUCUAUAAAGUGUGUAUUGUUUCUAAAUCAGUCUUGUCUGUUUUAGUUGGAUUUCUGAACCUCGUCCCUGGAACAGUGGAGAGGCUGGUGGUGUUCCCAGGGCCGUGUGCGGGCGCAGCCGCCGGCGCCGGGGCAAGGCAGGCAUCUACCCAGCAGCGAACAGGGAAAUCCUUCCCAAAUCUACAAUUCCUCAUAAUGUUGCAGGGCUGAUAUGAAGGUGUUUUGUAUUUGGCAUGUACAUAAAUUGAGACUCACUGCAGGCAAUAAAAAUAAACAGCUUUUCUUUGUGAAUUAGAGAGAGCUUCAUAAUUUACACUCUGCUGAGCAAGGCAGAMCUGGGUAUUACUUACACGAGAAUGGAAGUAAAUUUUGGUUUUGCUUCCUUAGAUUUAUACCACGUUUUUCCUCUCCAUUAUACAAGAGGAGAUGGUCACAGGCUUUGGUUUAACUAGCUGAGCGGUUGAAAUGCUGGAUUGCAGCUGGUGAUAUCCCGGCGACAGAUGCUGUCUGAUUUACUCUGAGGAAGAAAAUAUUGAGAACAUUAUACUAUAAAUUCUCUCUAUAGCUUUAGAGACGCUAUUUGGUGGACAGAAGUUAAAUGUGGUAUAAAUGUUUAUUUAUAUAGAGAAUAGACCCAUAUGUGUGCACAUAUCCUGUAUGUACAUGUGCCAUGACCAUGCACGUAGCUAUUAGAAGGAUGUACUUAAUUUAGUGUCACAGAUUAACGUGAGUUGAUUUUAUUAUGGGGAAAAGUCAAAGAAAAACAAAUUUAAAAUACUCCUUAGUUCCACGAUUCCGCCAGCUGAUGUUUCAGCUGCCAUGGAUGGAAUUAGAUUUGGGUUUGUGUGUUAGCUUUAACAAGCUGGACUCUCUAAUCGUUAAAAACCAUUCCAAUCUGACUAACAAAUCUGUUGAAAUUUAGCACCUCUCACUGUAAAACAUGUGAAGGUUCUGGACACACGUGGUCUGGUAGUGCAGGUUCUGUAACGYGGAGGCUGGGCUUAGGCAGGCCACGUCAGGUGCUGAGUUUGGGCCUCCCUCUGGUCUUAAGCUGCUGUUGUCAAAGGCAUGAGAGGAAACCUACGGAAAUGCAAAGCUUGUUCUGCGGCUUCRUUAAUUUAUUUUACAGGGUAUUCAGUAGUAUAUUCAGCAUUCAGUUAAAUAACAGCAUUUUUGGUCAUUAAGUUUGUAAAAAGCUCAUGUGCUUUUCGUACUGACACGUUACUUUGUCUUCUCCUUUUCUUUUCUCUUGGUUAAUCUUCAGGUACCCUUCCUGCCCAGCCAAGAAACGUGCUUUUCCUUUUAGUUUACAGUGGAAUUUCAGUGACAGAAGUACUUUGUUUGUUUUUA